UACCCAGGAACCAAAAAAAAAAAAAAAUUGUUACACGGUGUUAUGAUUGUAUUGGUCUCUUGUGUUAACUGUACCUUUUUGUCUGACAAGCAAGAAUUAAACAGUUAAAAUAUAUAUAAAUGCUUUCCUAUUACAUACAUUUAAUAACACAAGUUUUUUUUACACCCCAAAUUGCAAAACACCAAAAAACUAGCAUUCUAAAUAACAGCAGUCUAAACAACAGCUCCUGUUCAUCAGAUUAGUCGGCCCGCCACUGGUAUUGUUCAAACCUGAAGAUUGUGUUAAAGCACGGCUAGGCAAAGGUCAGUAUGCAGCUACCGACACCAACAAUAAGACACGAAACCCUGAUCUACAAGCAGAGGAGAACAGGGAGCAUAUACACGGGAGCUACUGUAAAUCAAGUCAAUCCGACCUGCCCGGAUCCAACCUGGGCUGGCCAGCCUGAAAACCAUCCCUGUUUACACUCAACACUGGGGCACUGGGCUUGGAAUCAGAGCAGCUCUGACCACUGCUUCACACGGCUUCACUCCGCUUCAGAGAAAGGAAGGCAUGUACUUUGAGCCCGGUUCACCCUGGUGUUACCUGCUUUCUUCACUGGGAUAUUUUUUUUAUUGAUUUGAGAAAGCUGCUGGUUAGCAGGCGGCAUGGCUGAAAACAAGACGUUCCGCUACGGGCUGAUUGUUCUGGGAUUGUUCCUGGUGAUGAUCGGCAUGUUCAUCAUGAGCGUGGACAAGCCCCACAUCUACGCUACCUUCUGCACCCUGGGAGUCCUCAUGGUGGUCCUGGGCAUUGUCUGGAGCAUGUGCCAGUGCUAUCCCAAGGUCACAUUCGUAACUGUUGCUGAGCAGGAGUCUGAGUUCCUCAUAGCACAGAAGUACAAACUCUCUGUAGCUUCCAUUGAGAGCGAGGUCCCAGAUAAAAAGAGUUCCAGUUCUUCAAACUACACCUGCCCAGAAGAAGCUGGCAUGUACGAUCACAGCCUCCCGGCUUACCACCAGAUUGAAAUAAUGAGGCUCGGAACCGAGGACCCGCUGGGCCUGCAGUCAGCUUCCCCUGCACUCUCCCUGGAAUCCAGGGCUCAGGAAAGCCUGGGGUCUGUGCAGGCCAGAGCGGAGGUGCACUGGGUCAAGAUGAGCCAAGGAGAAAAUGCAGCGCACGGCCCCAGCGAGGACACCCUGUCUGCUCCACGUGUGCCUGAGUGGUACAGGGCAGCCCCCCUGGCCUCCUUCAUGGAAGACUCUGCCAGCCUCUCCACCGCGGACCCUGUCUCCCUGCAGCAGCCAGGCCCCGGGCUCACAGAGCUGCCUCGCUACGAAGACAUCGCCCUGAUCGACGCCCCGCCCUGCGAGGAGCAGUGCCCCUGCCACGCCAACACCAGCGGCUUCCUGAGAGAUGACUGCCAGCGGGGGGCUGAGCCUCCACCGCGGGGGGCUGUGCUCCAGGGGCCCCCGGAGAGGACGAGGGAGGAGAGGGAGGAGAGGGAGGAGAGGGAGGAGGGGGAGGAGGGGGAGCUGUACUACGGGGUGACAGACGAGUUGCUGCAGAUCGAGUCAGACCUGGAACGGGAGUAGCGAUCCCCUGCAAAAUGACCCUGCAAAUUUACCAUGGUAAACCCUUAUUAGACUGGCACACCCACUGCAGCUUAUUACUCUGGGAUCUGUAGUGCUUUCCAGUAAGACAGACAGAAUCCUCUUUAGUGAGUCAUGGUAGAUCACAAAUACUGUAUGGUUAAAACUGUACAUAACAACAAGCGAUUACCUUUUGUCUGAAUUUUCUGUUCUGCAAGAAAUAUAAAUUUGUUUGUAUCUGGAUGUAUGAACCAUGCUCUACUUCAAUAGAUGUUAUGUUAGUUCUUUCAGAAGCUUUGCUUUGCUUUCCAGCCAUCGCCCUUCCCCUGCUCUCUCCCCAUGUGAUAUUAAAGCUAGUGGAAGA